AUGAAGAAUUGCACCAUUGAUGAUGCAUUAGAGUUAGUCACAGCAGUAAAAGUUGAGUUUCAUGAUCAAAAGUACCAUUCUUUUUUAGAAAUUUUUAAAGAUUACAGAGCUCAAAGAAUUGAUACAAGGGUUGUUAGAUUAAAAGUGUAUCAAUUAUUUGAAGGCCAUAGAGAUUUAAUUUUGAGAUUCAACACCUUUCUGCCAACUCAAUAUGAAAUCAAACUUCCAUUAGAUUAUGACGAUAAACAACAACAAUGUCGUCGUCGAUUAGAGGUAGGACAAGAAGAUGCAUUAGCUCAAGAAGAUGCAUUAGCUUUUUUGAAGAGAGUAAGAGAUGUGUUUCAUGGUAAGAAUAAGGAAAAAUAUGAUGAGUUUAUAGAAAUGAUGAAUGAUUGCAAGGCUCUGAGAAUUAAUACUAGUGUUGUUGUGGAUAGAGUGAAGGAGCUGUUUAAAGGGCAUACAACUUUGAUUUUGGGAUUUUAUGACUUCUUGCCAAAGGAAUAUCGAGACGAUCUCAUCCAAUUAGAGGUAAAAGAUGCAUUAGCUUUUCUCAAGAGAGUGGGAGAUGUGUUUCAAGGUAAGAAUACGGAAAAGUAUGGUGAGUUUUUAGAAAUUUUGAAGGAUUUUAAGGCUCAGAGAAUCGAUACAAGUGUUGUUGUGCAUAGAGUGAAGGAGCUGUUUAAAAGGCAUACAAAUUUAAUUUUGGAAUUCAAUGCCUUCUUGCCGAAGAAUUAUCAAAUCAGACUUCCACUUCAGCUUCACACUGGGAACAAAGUGAAGAAGGUAGCAGUGAACUGUGAAAUUCCUUGGGACCUGCUCGAUAUCAUCUCCAGGAAACUAGAUUUUGACGACGUCUUCGGAUUCGCUGGUGUGUGCAAGAGUUGGAGGGAAUUUCAUAAAACUUAUUGGAGAAAUUUCAUGGCAUCCCAAGAACCAUUACUUCUUCAAAAGUCUUCUCAUGAUAAGAAAUCUUUUUCCUUCAUCAGCAUACAAGAUCAAAGAGUUUAUCACUCAAAGACAAUCAAUCAUUUUUGGAAUUUCGCCUAUUCUGGGUCUUCUAGCGGAUAUUUGAUCAUGACAACCGAGAAUAAUUCAUUUAUACUGAUGAAUCCAUUUACAAGAAAAAAAAUCGAAAUCAAUACAUCAGCCUUUAAAGUCGAGUUUUCUAUUUUCGCUUACCAUGUCUUACUUGCUUUUGUCAAAGGCUCGACGGAAUUUGUAUUAGUGGCUUUAUGUACAAGUUCUAACAGUUUACAUGUCUAUCAAUCUCGAAGCUCCGAUUGGAUUACUUAUUCGACAAAAGGAAAACCAUGGAAGGUUGUUGACUUUGCUGUUUUGCAUAAUACUAUAUAUGUUGUAAACGACAAGGCGAAGAUAGGUGUACUCAGCUUGAAUUCUGCAAAUAUAAAUUUUUUAGAAUUGAAGAGUACUCCCAAGGUAAAUUCUUCCUCACACCUAAGAUUGGUUAGUUGUGACAACGGAAAACUUCUAAUGAUUCAUAUUUUGUCUCGGAGAAUAUUGAAUGUGUACGAGAUAGACUUGUCAAUCAAGAAUUUUGUCGAGAUGAAAACUCUGGGCGACAUUGCAUUAUUUUAUGCUUCGGGGAAAUACUUCUACGCGUUGAGCAACCCGGGAAGAUGGGGCUAUGAAAGCAAUUCUUUGCAUGCCAUCAAUCUUUCAUCUACACAAUGCAUAGUGUCUAUAGGGAAUGAUAACAAAUUGCCAGAAUACAUUAGCCAUGAUAGACUAAGUAAUCCUCCUAAGCGAAGACCCUACUUGUUGGAUUGGUGUUUUAAACAUCUACACUAUGAAGUGGAUUAUUCUCUUGUUGAGUAA